AUGGCCAUCGCUCCUGGGUAUCCCGGCUUGGAAGUCACGAUCAACGUUGAUGGUCAGCCGUUGCAUGAGUAUGACGACGACGAUGAGGAUCCGGCACCGAAGGCGACCACAAAGUACAUCGAGGCGCGCUCAGAUAGCAACUUCUCGAUCGUAACUAGAUUCAGUGCCUCUUUUUCGACUCAGUACCAUGUUAGGGGGCGGCUAUCGAUUGACGGAGUCAAGAUGGCCUCAUGGUUCUGGCUACGAGAGGACCUUCUUAGAAAACCGUUCGAGAGGACCUCUAUUCGUUGGCAAGAAGGUGGACAACCGGUCAAGCAAAAGUUCUCUUUUGCUAAGCUGAACAUUGUCGAAGAGGCUCGUGGAUCUGUCCCUGAUGUUGCUGCGCUGAAGCAAAGCCUCAGUACUACAGGGUGUAUCACUUUAUCCUUCCAGCUCAUCAAGAGUUACCGAGAAAUUGAAGAGAAAUCUUUCUCUGCGCAGGUCCAGCUUGCAGCUCUGGAGGAAAUCCCCGAGAAGGCGCUCAAGGGUGGCGCGCUAUCGCACCAGAUAGUUCUGUCAAAACCUGAAAAGUGCUCGAGGUACUCAACACCUCGCUACGGAGACUACGAUUACCUAGACAAAGAGCCAUUCGCAACGUUCCACUUCAAAUACCGAUCACUUGUCAACGACCCUGCCCCUGUUCCUCUGGAAGAAAGGCCCGAAGAAGACCUUACACCUGCCGAGCUGAGAGAGCUGCUACGGCGCGUACGGAGACGAGAAUCAGAAAGCGCUUCUAUCAAGCAAGAACCCGAAGCUACUAUCAGAGUCAAGCGCGAGAGGACCACCAACGACGGUGAUGAGGUGACCUAUGUCGAGACGCGCCAACGCAAACGUCCGCAUGUGGAGCAAGAAAUUAUUGUGAUAGACUGA